AUGUAUUCGUACUCCGCCCUUGGAGUGGCUACGUUGGCCUCCAAGCCCCUGUCUCGCAAGACCAGGAGUCCAAAACGAGUGUCGGGUUGGGGGUCACCCAAGGGUGCCGUCGCAGGACGGGAAGGUGAAGUGUCAAGGUCCACUUCAGGCAAGGAGGAAGUUCCAGAUUCCUUCGAAGAGAAAAAUUCAAUAAAAAUGAGAAAAUGCUCUGUGCCUCUCCAGGUACCUUAUCUCAUCCCCAUGAAGCAACAUCACCUCGAAAAGAACGGACGAGAAAAGUCCGCACGGCAGCACGACAGAAGAUUGGACUGCACGACAUGUUGCUUUUUGGCCGACGAGCCUGAUUUCCAGAGGCAGCCAGAAGGCAGCCAGAAGCAGAGCACUGGAUGCAAAGUAUCAACUAUCUUCAUUAUCACCACGCGCGGAUUGCGACAUUGCAAACCGCAAGCCUCGCAUGCCAGCUCUCCGCGAUCUUCGUUGUGUACCUACCCGUACCUCUCUGCCUUUAUCAUCCUGUCUCAAUUCCACGUCCGUCCAACAUCGGGCAAGGUACCUUACUCUACUCUGCCAGGUCUGCCUUCUGUUUCCGCCAGUCUUUUGAGCCCGUGA